AUUGAGCAAAACCCACCUAAAGGCACCUUCAGCUACCCUCCAAAAAGCUGCCUAAAAUGAAGGAGCGCUACACCGUCAACCCCUUCCCGGAGCUCGCUCUAACCGACGUCGACAGGGUCUCGCUCGAAGAUCUAGCCAACACCUACAUCAUGAGCAACCUCGACCUGUGUAUGAAGUUCAUGAGCUCGGGACGAAAGGUGGACCCUCGCCGCUGGAAGCCUCUCAAAGAGAGGAAGGGGCUGCGCAUCUACUCUGAGCGUCCGGAUAGCAUAGGCUUGGCCACUCCCGACGAGACCACGGGAGCGGGGCUGCCCACGAUUCUCUGCGUCGGCACCAAGGAGGGCAAGCUGGACGACCUCAUGUUCGGCAUCAUCAGCGAAGACCUCGAGACCAUGCGACUCAAGGCCUCGUACGCCGACAGCUUCAGCGCCGCCGCCGUGCUGGACGGCGUGGUCAUGCCGUCCCUCGAAGACCCCUUCCGGUCGCUCGUCGUCAAGUGGAUGGAGCUCGACAUCCCCUUCAACUCGACGGGACUCAUCAAGAACCGCGACUACAUCUACCUCGAGGGCAUCGGCAUCGUCAAGAACGCGGCGGGCGAGCGCUUGGGCUACAGCUUGCUGCACUCGGUCAAUUUCCCGCAGACCCACACGCUGCCGAACCGCGUGCGGGGCAACAUCUCCUUCAUCGCGUACUGGCGCCAAGUGAACGACAACACCAUGGAGAUGUACGCGACGGGCAUCAUCGACCCAGUUGACGACGGACUUAUCCGCAAGCUCGUGCUGCCGGUCGUGGCCACCUUGUUCCUCGGCAGCCUCGAGUACGUCUACUGCGGACUCAUGCGCAAGCUGUCCUACAUGCUUGAGCGGCGGUACGCCGAGUCCAAGUCACGCGGCGCCCCCAACAAGAGCAGCACCUGCGUCACAUGCACGUCCCCAGUGGGCGGACGUCGGCUGGGCGACUUUGGCAAGACCCACCGCACCUGUAAACUCUGCUUCGGCUACGUGUGCAGCGCGUGCAGGAUCGUGAGGAAGCUGAGCUUCGUGGACCCGGACUUGCAGAUGAUGCAGCGCAAGGUGAUUUUCUGUGCCGCGUGCUACAAGGAGGUGACGGGCAUGAGCGCCAUGGACAUCGCGCGUGCCAAGCUGCUGGGCAUGAAGAACCACGAGGGCACCAACUCGAGCGGACUCACGGGCUACUCUUCCUCCAGUAACUUGUCGGAUUUGUCCUACAGCAGCAACCAGUAUUAG